AUGCGCAAGAGGAAGCAUCGUCCUCUGUUUUCGCUACAUCAAACCCAAACCAUGGAAAAGGAAUUCGCCAAACAGCGCCACGUAACAGAGGACAGGCGAGCUCGUCUGGCUUCAGAGGUGAACUUAACAAAAACGCAAGUGGAAAUUUGGUUCCAGAAUCGACGAACAAAGUGGAAAAAGGCAAUAAAAGAUGAAGCGAAUGCCACAACUCAGGCGCACCUUAAGAGAAAUGAAACACGUUUCUCUUGUAACGCAAGGAAAUGUUCCUUUUAACCAAAACAUUCGAUUUGAUUCCCUUGUUAAUCCGUUCGCAGUUUUGCCGGCACAAUAUUGUAAUGUACCGCUGUUUUCGACUAUCAACUUUGAAGGUUCGUAUAUUGCAUAAUUUUAUCCCUCUCGUAUUGUGUGUAUUGCUGAAGGUAGCAUAUCACUUAGUACAUUUUCUUUUAGUAGUGGAAAGUCGAAAAAUUGUUUAUGCUAUGUCUUGCAAUAUAAAUCACUGAGUUUAGUCAGAAAUGAUUAAGUUUGCUGUGUAUCUCCGUUAAAAUUUUAUAUCUUAUCCAAAUACUAAAGAAGCUAUGGAAUGAAGAAAUAUUUUCUUCAAACAACUCAAACAGUAAUUUUUUGUUGUCUAUUGCAAUUGCAAAAAUAACUAUCAUAAGAAAUUUCUUGACUGGAGAGCCGCUAGCAUCAUUAUUGGCGCUUCGUUAAAUUGUUUUAGGACGAAGAAAUGUUUAGUUAUCCAUAUUCUCUUGACAAUUUAUUGGAAAACCAUCGUGAUAGGGUUUACCUAUCCAAUAAGACAUUUUCACACCUAUUUCACACAUGGGCACCCCAUUCAUCUCAUGAUAAGCCUCUGUUUAAUCAAAUAUGUCUUUUUUAAGGAACUGUACCCAGAUUACAGAUUACAGAUUUUUUAAACGUAAAUAAAGUAUUAGAGAAAACCGUUGAGUAAGUGACGAGUACUUGGACAAUCCGCUAUAAAGAGAGAUUAGAAUUGGCCAGUUCAGUUAUUUAAUAUAAUUCUUAACAGGUGUUGCUGUGCCGAACCGGUGCCUUAAUGUACACAUCAUCAAAUUUCUUGGAAAAUAUAGCAGAAAAAUAAAACGGCUAUCUUUUUUAAAUUUCUCGUUGAUGUGUUUCUUUUCCAAGGAUUCUCUGGAUAGAGUUACCUUCAUCUGAAAUACUAUUUUCUAGACUGACACUUUCAAAAACUUUCAAAACAAAACAAAACCAUUAAAGUGGUAAACAUAUAGUGGUAUAGUUUAUAGUGACUUCUUUACUUACCUAUUAACUCGAACCAGCGCUAACAUGUUUCUACACUUGUUUAUCAGUUUAUGGAAAGACCGAAAUUUCGCGCAGAUUUUCCAGCCUACAUUUAUUUAACUAUUGGAACGAAGCCAGUAGUUAAACCAAUGAUAAACAUGUUUACGUAGAUAUCGUUAUUGUCUAACCGUCUCUAUUUACUUGAAUAGUUUUUUUUCACAUCAAAAGAAAACUUCGUCAUGCCGACGUGCAGUGUGGCGACAGAGAACCAAAUGCUAAAAUGAAAAGAAGAAAAAAUACCUUACUUUCAUGUUAAACCAGUUAAAAUAGAGUGUUGUAAAGUGUUGUAUCUGUUUGCCCAAGAACGAGUGACAAGAUGACUACACAUUAUAAAUACAAUUUUUAGGAGGGUUUAAAUUCUUUUUUUUUCCCUUUUUAUAACUUUUCACUUUCAAGUUCCUUCUAUUUUCAUCACGUCAUACAUAGAAAGGCCUUGUGGUCAGGCCACCAUAGGCCGCCGCCUAAGACGCUGGCUUUUUUCGUAAUGCAGUUUGUAAUCAACUAGCAGCGAAAUAAAACAUCAUUGACAAAGUCAAUACGCCAAUAUUCACAAGACCUCAUUUAUUCGUGAAUUAAGCCGGAACUGUGCUACAGUUGUGUACCUUUUAUUCGAAAGGCCAUCGAAGUUGACAGACCACCUGGUUUUAAAAAUUCUUCUUACAGUUUGAUAAUACGUCUCCUUGUUCUUUUCUUUCGUUGUUUUGAAAAAAAAAUUACUUACAAACCAAUUUUUUUUCUCCGUGUCGUCUAAAAGGAUUAAAAGAAGUUUUGUAAUCCAAGAAAAGGAUGUGGAAGCUCAUAUUUGAAUGGGCAAUUUUCUUAGAAUGCUUCUUAGAAGCAGCUACGCCAGAUUUCUAGCCAAACAUUAAGCUUCUUAACUCAGUAACAAUUUAUGAGAAGGUCCCAUCUUUUACUGAAGAAACUGUAUCCGUUAGGGAGUAAAAAUCUUAUGAAGGUUUGUGAAAUUGUUGUGGAAUCUAUUGGUGAAACAUUUGUGAAACUUAACAAAAAAUUUUACCAAACGAGAAGGCGAAAUGACAAAUCCUUUAGUUUGAGACACUAAGCCCCAAGGAAAGAGGGGAAGGGAAUUAAAACAGUAUAUUCUGCAUCAGAUUAAAAAGAUGCUAAAAGGCUUAAUUAGUAUCAGACAAAUUAUGUCCGAUUGAUACCCUUCUUAAGUAUUCCGAUCGAGUGUCUGUUUUUACUUAUCAGGACUUCCAUCUUGAAAUCGCAAAAAUUCCAGAAUUUCCGACAUAUAUAAAUCACAUUUCAGUCACUUUUAUUUAACAACGUCAACAACAACAACAAGAGGAAAAAAAAUGAAAAUGAUGAGAAAUUUCACUCCGGUAAAUAGCUACACCACAUUGCUCAAAGUUUUAAAGUAGGUGUCCACAUACACCAGAAAAGAUGAGCUCGCAUUACGGUGGGGAAGACAAACAAAUGCAAUUGAAAAGGGAGCUAAUAAAGAAAAAUCUUUCUUUUUUAGCCCCCGUUGAAGGUUUAUGUUGGAAACGGAAAUAUCGGGCAAAUAUACUUCACCAUUUUAUUUUGUUUUCUUUCUUAAUUUUUUCUGUCAGUCUUCCUGUCGUAAGGAUCAGUUUACUGUUUUAAUUUUAAAUUCUCUGUGGCAUUAAAGGAAGGGUAGUCUUUUGAAGGGAGAACGUAAAUUAUUCAUGUAUAAUGAGUUAUAUGGGAUUUUUGAGCCUGGUUCUGGAAGGAGGAGGGGGGGGGGGAAGGGUGUCCUGAUCCCGCAUUCCCGCUCCUUCUUCACGAAAAUCCCGCAACCUACUAUUUUUGCACCCCUUUCUCGAAUUCCUCUUUUCUUUCCAAAACAGUAAAAUAAAACUGACACACUCUAUAGUUUGGUUUGAAAAGCUGAAAAGGGACUGCACUUAACACACGCCUGGUCGAUAAGCAUUUGCUGCCGUCAAACGUAUGAUUUCCCGAAUUCCCAACAUACAGGCCAAAAAAAAACAACAACCCGCAUCCCGUGCUUACAUUUUGGGGAAUUACACUUCCCGGGUAGCUGUACAAUCCCGGAUCCCAAAAAAAUACCUUUCAAGACCCUGUUGAAUAACUAAGAUCUUUAACCGUUGAGCAAGUAUAAGAAACCAAGUACAUGAGGCAGUGAUGAAGAGAUCGACGUUUGAAUCAAUAAAGUUCCACAUGUCUAAGAUCUUAAACGUCGAACUUCUCGAACCUAAUGCAUAAAUUACUAGAACUUAUUUUUCCUUAUAAGCAUUGAACAUCGUGAAAAUGGAUUAAGUGUGACUAAUAAAUUUCGACGUCUGAAUCAACCGUCGAACUUGUAUCAUUUGGGUCGACCUAAAAAGGUAUUAAUUAAGUUCGGUACAUAAAAAGAUCGACUGGCGUUUGAACUGGGGCUAAGAUUCAUCCAGUAGUUCUCCCACAUUCUCCUCUGCUGGGUACAAAGGGGGAUGGGGGGAAGACCUUUAUUCAUUACAUCAAAAGAGCCUAAUCAGAAGCUUUAAAAGCAACUGCUAUUAACUAGAGCCCUGAUUUUACCCGAAUCACCAAACAGUUCUACUAAGUCUACGCAGUCAGGGUUUAACAAUUAAAGGGUAUCAAUUGAAUCUUAAUGAAAAGAAAGAAAAUAAAACAUCGGUAUCGAAAACAAAUUAAAUUGAUUGUAAUAAAUGGACCGGAGUGAGUGAAAUUCAGGAGUGAGUGAAAUUCAGUACUUCAACGGGGUAAUGAGCGAAGAAUUAAAGGCGCUUUCAUUGAAAUGGUAAAACUUAACAACAAAGCUAGGAAUUUUUUUUUCUACCCUGUGGACAGGCUCUCAGAGUGAAGCUAAAACGUCUGUGAGCGUUGUUUCGUUUAAAUAAAUCUUUCAACCUUUUUGCGUUUUUCUAGCUUAAAAUCGUUUGAAAUAUACCGACAACAAACCCUAAUCCAAUCUGAUGACCAAUCACUGUUUAUAACAACAACCGGUACCGUGUAUCUCUCCUCCCAGGCUUCUGGAAGGUCUUAGAGAAAAUAAAUUUUUCCUCCGCGAAAAACGCUUACUCCGUGAUCAGUAAUCAAUAUGCCCCCGUCAGAAAGAGCCAUUCUCGUCGAUGUAUGGGUAGUACAAGUCGUGGUCAUGUCAGAUGCCAUCAUGGAGGGGCGGGAAGCCGAAUACCAAGUUCGUACAAAAACAGGUUCGACAAACGUGUUCUAUGAAAUCAUGCCUCUUGCUUUUUCAGAAGUCAGUUGAUCAAGGUUCAUCUUGAGUUUAGUUUUUGGUAAAAGUGCGGUGUCAUUUUGCUUUGAGGUGAUGUAACAGUAAAAAGGUAAAAAAAAAAGAACAAACUGGCUAAAAAAAACAAAAACAAACAAACAAACAAACAAAACCAGCAUUUAACACACGGGAACGUUUAACAGUCAUUUGUAGCUUCGACUGGUAGGCAAGGACUGAUAAAUACGUUACAAGAGUAGUCAUUUUUUUUCCGCUUUUCCAAUUGCUCGAGCAGAAAGCAAAGUCAAACCUGGCUGUGAAAACUGUAAACAGGUAAUUUAACCCUAGAUUUCCCAGAAUAAGCUACUAGCCGCGAUUUAAAACUGGAACGUAAAUUUGGAGUUUAUUGCACAUAGAAGGGUUUGGCAAGCGCGCGGAAAUAGAAAUGGCAGGAACUGACUAACUGGACCCAGUUGCUCGAAGCAUGGUUAGCGUUGACCAUGCAGCGUUUAAUACUUGACAACGUAUUGGUUUUGAUACUGCUUAACCAAUGGUUAAAGCUAACCAUGCUUUGAGCAACUCUGAGCCCUGGAUGCCGGGGGCUAUGGACGCGCACGCUGAACCCUUCGAGAUUAAAAUUGUCACUUGUCCUCACGUUUAGCGCGGUAGAACUGACUGAGAGGUUUUCUGUCGUUUAUAUAUGUAAAAAAAGGUAAGCGUGCCUUUGACGUGAAAAAAUACCCAAAACGGUUAUAUAACUUCCAUCUAUGAUAUCAAAAAAUGAUAGAAUUUCAAACGUUUAAUUUCAGCCAUAAUAAGCAAAUUUGCAAAAAAUUUUAACUAAAUAAUAUGUUUCAAACUGGAAGCUCUAAUAUCGAAAACAAGCGGGUUGCAAUAAGCAAAAGCGUUAUUGACUACCAAAACAGACUGAUACAGUUACAGCCGAGUGAAAUGAACAGUUCCCUGCCACCUGAUUUUCAUGUGACCGUUUUACAAAUUUGAUCAGUGUGACAGGCUUUUCCUCCAAGCUCCACUCUUGCGCAGGACAUCUAAGUGCCGUGUGCUGAUUAAAGCACAGGUAGCCAAGCUUGAAAUACAGUAACACUCUGGUAACUCGAACUCUGAAGGGAAACGAAAAACAGUUCGAGUAGCGGUGAAUUCGACUUAUCGAGGUAAAUUUCAGUGAAAUUUUGAUCAGUUUUUGAUUAGUUAAUACGUAAAUCCCCCGUGUGCUGUAAAAUGGCGACAAGGAUAAAGAAAUCAAAAGCCAUGGCCAAUGAUGACUACUCAUAACAUUCUGUUAGGUAUCGCGAACAGUUUUCCUAUUGUCAGGCCAAACUGUGCAGACCUGAGAAUUUGCUGGGGCUACUCAGUCGCCACCAACAAGUUUUCAUUUUUAAAGGAAUACCCAGUGACAACUAUAGAACAGCUACAGGCUAAUUUGUCUGAAGGGAAGGAAUUUACCAAAAUUGACCUCCCGCAUUCAUAUCAUUAACAGGUGCUUACGUCAGAGAGCCGACCGUGGUUACAAACGCAUGACUUAUGAAGUCAGUAGCGCUGUUUCUAACAUUCAACGCACCAUUGAAAACGUCCUUUAAGACAUACCGGACUGGCGAAUCCGCAUGAAGACAUUUAGGUAUCGGGAGAAUAGAGAAACUGAUGAAAUCCUUCUGGACAACCUCUGUAACGUAUUAUGGCGAUUUGAUACCAGGAAUUUGUGCUUACAGAUCGUGAUUUGGAGAUGAAGUUGAAUACCCUCAGUGGCUGAUCCUUACCAUUUCUUCUGGUGGAUGUUCACCUCCUUUUGAGAAGGUGCAGGCCAUAAAGGAUGCAUCAUCCGCCUCUCAAAAGUGUUCUUCAGAAUGUUACCCUCAAAAGGACAGUUGUCUUUGUUUCAAAUAAACGAAAACCCUUAAGAAAAAUUUGUCGGUGGGCUGUGCAUAUUCUUGCCUCUGAUCUUAACGUUCUCUUGUAACCAGACCAAGCAACGCGGCUAUCCUCAAGCAGUGGAGCCGUGUCCGUUUAAUAUCGAAGCGUAUGAUAUCCUAAAAUAUGGGUCAUUCUCUGGUGACUGCAAUCUAUUCUAUGGUCAUUUAAAGAAGUGGUGUGAAGGGAGGGGGAUGGGGGAUCUUAUCUGAAGCGGGUGAUUAUAAAAUAUUUUUGACCUAAACCCGAUGGGCGGUAAUUAGGAGGUGGCGCUCAUUUGAGCAUUUUCGGUAACUUUUACUUUUGAAAAUCUGAUUAUGGGAGUUUAAAAAAUAUAUUUUUCUUUAACUGAUCUAUGUCAUACUAGCCAGGGGACUAUUUUCUUACUGUUUUUGAGUUUAAGCUUGAAGGAAAACUCUUCUUCUGAGAGAUUUUUUUUUUUCUCAGUUCCAGUUUGCGCGAGACUGUCCAUGCACCUUCGCGGGCUCCAUGAUCAUCGUUUUCACCUUUUCCCAUCUCCUCUUCUCCUCGUUUCUCGGACGUCCAAUCAGAGUCCUCUUCCUGGGGAUCAUGGAACGUAAGCAGAUAUAUCCCUGCUUACUCUAGCUUCAGACACCCGUAAAUGUAUUGAGGAGGCUAAAUUUGUGGUUGGCUUGGCAAUUAAAAUAAAACAGCGCUAGACUCUGAAUUAUGUUCUAGCAUUGAUGUAAACCGUGCAGUGCUUUACAAAAGAGAAACAACACGCUAACAAAAGUUAAAAGAGAGUGACUGAAAUCACGUGAGAAGCUGAUUGUUAAAGGUGAUGCGUCUACGACGCCGCUGUUAUGGAAAAGUGGAAGCUUGGACAGGAUCUUGCUAUAUCUAACGGAGCAGUUAAUACAAAAACCAGUAAAAGAGGUAGAAAUGGAAAAUGUGUUAAUUCAUAAUAAAACACUGGGCUAGGCCGUUGAUUUCAAUGUGCUUUCUAUUUUUUCAUUGAAUACUUUAGUCCCAUAUACAGACGGAGAGAAACUUUGUCUUUGGAUAGAAUGUUGGAAAUGGAAACAAUAAAGGGACUUGUGUGAAACCUAAUAGAGAA